AUGACGCAUUUUCACUGCAUCAUUUGCAGCAUUUUGCGUAUAAGAAAUAUUGAACACAUAUUAAUAUCUAUAUGGCUUAAGAUAGAAAGGGUGGUCUCGAAAUCUUGUAUCAUCACUUCUGCUACAGAAACAGGAAUUGAUUCGAUUUCGCUUCCUGCAGCAGUGAACAUUUGUGAUGAAGCAGCACCAUAUAUUGGUCCUCAUUUACCACGAUAUCUUCACGCCGAUAUCCUACAACAGUCAACAUACCAUAAUCCAUGGUUUCAACCUUGGUGGUCCACAGUUCGUCCCUCAAUUGCUCAACAACUAAAUUUGCCGCAUAGUAAUGACAAAAAACAGGCAAAGAAAGUUCAUGAAAUAAUAUCAACUUCCACGAAGGAUCUCUUCCAGUUAGUAUCUGCUUAUUCGCAGCGGAGCAAAAACCUACAAUAUGAAACAAUUCAGGUAAUUCCAGAAGACAUCAGUGUUACAGAAUGUUCACCAGAAACUCGCCUGCAAUCGAAUGUAACAAAUAAUUCGAAAGCAAUGAUCGAUGCAGUCGGCGAAAUAGGUAGUGACUGUGACGAUGAUAAUGAUGAUGAUGAUGAUGGUGAUGAUGAUGAUGUUGAUGAUGAUGAUGAUGAUGAUGUUGAUGAUGAUGAUGACGAUAUUGCAAUACGUGCAAGUGACGAUGAAAGUACCAUUUUGUUAUCUGGAUCUACCAUCCCCCGUAAGAAAAAAACUCGAACGGUUUUCAGUCGUCAACAGGUGUCCCGACUGGAAAUGACUUUCGAUAUGAAGCGAUAUUUGUCCAGUCAAGAACGUGCAUAUUUGGCCUCGACUUUACACCUUAGCGAAACGCAGGUGAAAAUCUGGUUUCAAAACAGGCGAAAUAAGUGGAAACGUCAAGCAGCAAGUGACGUUGACAGUUCAAGCGCGAUGAAUAUUCACCGAUCACACAUUUUUGCUUCAAAUAUGCAGCACAUUAGUGAUACAUCAGAACGUUUUUCCGGAAAUAUUGCAGUCACAAAUAGCUUGCCGAUAGCGCCUCUGACAAACAUCGCUCCGUCACUAUUACAUCCGGCAAUCCUAUUUCAUGCAAAUUCAAAGUCAACACCAGCAUCCACAACAGCAUCACCACAAGCAAUCAAUUUCAGUAGUGCAGAAAGUGCAGCGGCUGCGGCGAAACUAUUCCAUAGCACUUAUGGCAAUGCUGGCACCGGUAUUGCUGGCCCAAAUGCACAAUUGACAUGA